AUGGAGAUUGACAGAGAUAGGGUGAAAAACACAAUUCACCUUACUCAGAAGCAGUAUCUGAAGAUAGUACUACAACACUUCAACAUGGACUUGAAGACGAAGCCAAUAAGUACUCCAAUGGCCCCAUAUUUCAAGCUCAGUGCAUUGCAGUCUCCGAAAAGUGAUGAAGAGCGGGACUAUAUGAAAAAUGUCUCGUAUGCAAGUGUUGUGGGAAGCUUAAUAUAUGUCAUGUACAUUCUAGAGACCACAGAUCUUGGUUUGAAGUUUGAGAAGAGUGAAGAUAGUCUAGUAAUUGGAUAUGUUAACUUAGAUUAUGCAGGUGAUCUUGACAAACGACAAUCGACAAUUGGAUAUGUGUUCACUAUGGCUGGAGGACCAGUUAGAUGGCGAUCUAUUUUGCAGUCUACAAUUACACUAUCAUCCACAGAGGUUGAAUACAUGGUUGUAACAGAAAUCUUGAAAGAAGCCAUUUGGUAA